AACACUUCUGGCGUCAUCUGAAUGCGACACAGGAUCCGCUUUACUUCACGUGUGUUCGUAUUUGAGGUGUAGCAGCCUUCAAACUACAGUUUUUAUCCCAGAUUGUAUUACAUUUAGUGUUAUCAGUUUCUCCAGGAUGAGCUCUCAGAUCACUUGUGUCGGCUGGGUGAAACGAGGCGUUGCCAAGGAAACCCCGGACAAAGUGGAGCUGAGCCAAGAGGAGCUGCAGCGCAUCAUCACUGAGGCUAAAGAAGAGCUGGGGGAGCUGGCAGCCGAGGAGGAAGAGGAGGAGGAUGAAGGUUUGCCUCCUGAACCGAGUGGCAGUAACAUCGCUGAUGAAGCUGAAGCUCCAAAGGAUGAAGAAGGAAACGAGGAAGACGAUGAACUGGCAGAGUACGGCCUGGAUAAAUACGACGAAGAGGACACAGUGACUGCUAAUCUUGGCGAUAGUCUGGCCGGACUGACGGUGUUCAGCACCAACGAGGAGGAUCCGUACAUCACCAUCAAAGACACAGACCAGUAUGAGCGAGAAGAUUUCCAGAUCAAGCCCGGUGACAACCUGAUCCUGGCAGGCAAAGCAGAGAAGGACUGCUGUAAUUUGGAGAUCUAUGUUUAUAACUCUGAGGAGGAUUCUCUGUACGUCCAUCACGACAUUCUGCUGCCGGCGUAUCCGCUGUGUGUGGAGUGGAUGAACUUUGACCCGAACCCCGGUGAAGGACCCGCCAACUACGCCGCCGUGGGGAACAUGACUCCUCAGAUCGACGUCUGGGAUCUGGACGUGGUCGACUGCCUGGAGCCGGUUUUCUCUCUGGGGAGCAAAAAAGCCGCCAAGAAGAAGAAGAAGAGCAAAAAGCAGGGGGCAGCAGCUGAACCUGUAGAGGGCCACACGGACGCGGUGCUGGAUUUAUCCUGGAACAAACUGGUCAGGAACGUGUUGGCCAGUGGAUCUGCAGAUGAGACCGUGAUCUUGUGGGACGUGUGUCAAGGAAAACCAGCCACAACUCUGCGUAAACACACUGACAAGGUCCAGACGUUAAAAUUCCACCCGUUUGAAGCUCAGACUCUAAUAUCAGGAUCAUACGACAAGACGGCCGUUCUUUACGACUGCCGGAGUCCAGACAGCAGCUACCGCACCUGGAGGUUCAGUGGACAGGUGGAGCGUCUGGUCUGGAACCACUUUUCACCCUGUAACUUCCUCGCCAGCACGGAGGACGGGUUCGUCUACUGUCUGGACGCUCGCUCAGAUAAACCCGUGUUCACCCUGAGGGCUCACGAUGAGGAAGUGUCAGGUUUGGACCUCAGCAGCCAGAUCAAAGGAUGUUUGGUCACCUCAUCAGCCGACAAACACGUCAAGAUCUGGGACAUUUUAGGCAACAAGCCCAACCUGGUGCACUCCAGAGACAUGAAGAUGGGAGUUCUGUUCUGUGCUUCCUGUUGCCCCGACCUGCCCUUCGUUUACGCCUUUGGGGGGCAGAAGGACGGUCUGCGGGUUUGGAAUAUCAGUGACAUUGCAGCAGUGACUGAGGUGUUCGGCAGUCGAGAACGUUUGGUGGCAAAUGCUGGAUCUCAGGCGUCGAGCUCUGCAGCCACAGCAGACAUGGAGGUCUCCUAGUGAAGCAGCAGUCGUCAGGAAUAAACUGAGCUCCUGUGGAAACGCGUGAAGCUGAUCUGCUCGUUCACCCUGCAGCGUCACGGGAAGACAAGUGGAUGACGCUGCACAGAAACGCCGACCCAAGUGUUUCUAAACCAGCCUGAAAAGACACAAAGACAUUUCUAUCAGCUUUUUAUAUCAGCGCUGACAAAUAUUCAAAGAUGUGUUUAAAAAAGUAAAGAAACUGUGCCACUUAUAUGAAUAAAUGUAUUUUUUGAUUGUUGAGUGGAAGCAGUGAUACUAUUGUUUGGACUGCUUCACUUUCUUUCUACAUUACAAAUUUAAUGUGUUGGUAAGAUUAUUUUCACAUGAAAAACACACAAGAAACUGAUUUACAGCAGGACAUGUUUACCUGGGUUUCCUUGUAAUAACACAUUAACAAAAGACAAAUGAGAAAUAAUCAACUGUUCAAAAUGCUGCAUAUUCAAUAAAUAAAUGCAGUUUGUCAGACUUGUAAA